AUGGACUUUUACGGUCUGACAGACCGCCUCGCCUUCCUCCUAACAUCCAUCCUCGAUGAAGACAACGCGCCGCCACCGGAAUGCGCAUCGGCUCUUAGAAGCCACUGCGCGUUGCUGCUCUCCUUAUUGGAGGACGUCGAGCCGCUGGUAGACGCGUGGAGCGCGCAGCGGCAGCAGCUUCGCGGAAAUAUCCUGCUGAAAUCGGCGUUGGACGAUUUGAGGGCUGUGCUGGAGGAAGCUUCCGGAUUGCUGUACUGCUGUCUCACGCGCACUACCCCGUCGAGCCCUCCGCCGUCCGCUGCCGUGACGCCAUCGCCUCACUCACUCCUCUCGCUUCGUCCCUCCGCCUCCACCCUUUCCCCCGCUCCGCAGGUUCCGCGCAUUCUCCCGAAGCUGUCUCACGCGCACUACCCCGUCGAGCCCUCCGCCGUUCGUUGCCGUGAUGCCAUCGCCUCGCUCUCCUCGUCCCACCAUUAA